UUGAGCCUCUCAGGCUCAAAUGGGUUCCUUUUAGUUCGACUGUUCGCGAGGCUCUUCUUCCGAUUCUAGGGUUCCUUUCGUCUUGUGUUGCAAUGGCCGAUUCUCCUCGCAAAAGGUAUUCACGGUCUCCUUCCCCUUGGAGAGAACAAUCAAGGUCCAGAUCUAGGUCUAGGUCCAAAUCCAGAUCAGUGCCAAGGCCAAGGGCUAGAUCCCGAUCCCAAAGCCGUGGCAGAUCAAGGUCCAGAAGCCAUGGCAGACCCAGGACUGAAGUUGUGAAUCCUGGAAAUACACUCUAUGUAACUGGUCUAUCUACAAGGGUUACGGAGAGGGAACUUGAAGAACAUUUCUCCAAGGAGGGAAAGGUUGCUUCAUGUUUUCUUGUUGUUGAGCCCCGGACACGCAUCUCUCGUGGUUUUGCUUUUAUCACUAUGGACAAUGUUGAUGAUGCCAACCGCUGUGUUAAAUAUCUGAACCAGUCUGUCUUAGAGGGUCGAUACAUAACUGUGGAGAAGUCGCGUAGGAAACGAGCUAGAACUCCUACACCGGGACAUUAUCUUGGGUUGAAAAGCAAUAGGGAUUAUGGUGGUCGUGGUGGCGAUCGUGGAGGUGGUGAUCGUGGAAGAUAUCGUGGCCGUGAUGACUAUUAUAGAUCUCCGAGGCGCUCACCGUAUCGAGGUGGUCGUGAUUAUUCUCCGAGGCACUCUCCCUAUGCUGGGAGAUCAAGGAGGGAAAGGUCAAGGUCGCUUCCUUACUCCCCUUAUGGUAGCCCAGACAGAAGGUAUUCUCGUGGCGGUAGGUGAGCAGUAGUUAUUUUCCUGUUCCUACAUUAGGGAAAGCCAAACGCCGGUGAAAUUCACCCAUGGUGGUGUAACAAUCUUCAGUUUUUGUUGUUUGGGGGUUUACUACUAUAUAUCAUUGUUUCACGACGUUUCUUAUGCAGUGCUCUUGUUCUUUGUCG